AUGGCACUCACAAGCCCCUACAUCUGCCUCAAUUGCAGGUGGGCACCCCGAUACAGACUAAAUCAACUGCAACUCCGUCGCAAUUUCUCCCUUUCCCCCCGCCACCACCAAAUCCUCCGACCAGCAACAGCACCAAAGCAAACACCCGACGUCAAGCACAUCCGCCAGAAUGUAGAACGCUACGCCCAAAACUGCAUCGACCGAAACUACGCCGGACACGCAGGAUACCCCUCGCAAAUCCAGAUACUCUCCGAUGAAGCGCGACAGCUUGACUACGACCUGAAAACGCCGCGGUCCCGCGCCAAACAGCUCGAGAAAACCAUCGCAAAGCUCUCGAUUGCAGCCCGCGCUACAGGAACCAAUGAGCCGGCCGACACACAAGACCAGGAGAUCGCAGCUCUAAAAGCAGAAGCGCAACGCCUGAAAGACGAGUCCGCAGUCAUGACAACCCGCAAAGCAACCUGCACCGAGGAAAUCAACCGCCUAGCUCUGUCCCUCCCGAACCUCUCCUCCUCCGAAACACCAAUCGGCCACACACCCCGCCUAAUAAACUACCUUAACUUCGAUCCUGCAAACCCUCCCGCGUGGACAAAAAGCUCCCCAUCCGACCUCCAGUCCCGCUCUCACGUCACAAUCGGUACAAACCUCGGCCUACUAGACUUCACCAGCUCAGCUACAACAACAGGAUGGGGCUGGUACUUCCUCAUAAACGAAGGCGCAAUGCUCGAACAGGCACUCAUACAAUACGCACUUAGCAUCGCGCGCCGUCGAGCCUGGAAAGCAGUUUCCCCACCUUCAAUCGUGUACUCCUACAUCGCCGAUGCAUGCGGGUUCCAGCCUCGCGACCAGCAUAACGAGCAACAAAUCUGGAGCAUUGAGCAGAAUGAACGUGAUCGCGACCAUAAGCCACAGCGCUCAUUAACGGGAACGGCAGAGAUCCCGCUGGCAGCUAUGUAUGCGGGCCGCGAUAUUCAAGCUACCGAUUUACCUUUGAAGCUUGCUGGUUCUAGUAGAUGUUACCGAGCAGAAGCUGGUUCGCGCGGUGUGGAUACGAAGGGAUUGUACCGCGUGCACGAGUUCACGAAGGUAGAGCUGUUUGCUUGGGCGGAUAAUGUUGGGUCUGAUAAGGCUACGGCUACGUCGGAUGAUCUGUUCGCGGAGCUAUUGGAUAUCCAAACGGAGAUUCUGACUUCCCUUCAUCUUCCUUGCCGUGUGCUUGAAAUGCCUACGGGUGAUCUCGGUGCGAGCGCGACUCGGAAACGGGAUAUCGAGGCUUUAUUCCCGUCGCGGCUGCGUCCGUCGGCAGCGGCGCCUGAUACUGCUAUUGUUGAUCCCGCUAUUCAGGAGCUCGAGUCUGCUUGGGGAGAGGUUACGUCUGCUUCUAUCUGUACGGAUUAUCAGAGCAGACGGCUUGGGACUCGGGUUCGUGGUGGCGCUGUGAAGGAGUCGCGUUUCCCGCAUACUGUGAACGGUACAGCGAUGGCUGUGCCGCGUGUUUUGGCUUGCAUUCUGGAGAAUGGAUUUGAUCCUGAGCGGGGUGUGGUUGUCAUUCCGGAGGUAUUGCGGCCAUGGAUGGAUGGUAUGGAGACGAUUGGGAAGAAACAGUAG